AUGUCUCUCAAUAACACUCGCACCAAACAAAACAGCGCUACCCGAUUUUCUAAUAAAUCUCAUGGUGAAAUGAGUGUGGACACUGCUCUGAAAGAAAAAGGAUCUUCGCCUGACUACGUGACGCUCCGUAAAGGUGUAGCUGAUCAAAAUGUGUUGGAUCUACGUAGUGAAUUUCAUUCUUUCCAAGAGAAGAUAAUGGCAUCAAUGAAGGAGUUCUUCGACAAACAAAAUAAUAAAAUAACCAAGUUCAUUGAAGAUUUUGAAGACUUGAAGACUUCAAUCCAAUUUAUUAAUGACAAAUAUGACGACCUAAAAAACCAAACUGAAGAGAUCCGCAGUCGAUUAUUUGAAAUAGAAAAAACAUAUAAAUCAUCCCAAAACAAGGACGAUCUGAUUAUGGAGCAGCUCGCAAAGAGAAAGGUUUAA